AUUCGCAAGUGCUCAUCAAUGUGGUUCGGUGCAGGUUGCUGUUGCGCAAGUCUUGCCGAUGUAUAAGUAUAGGAUAUCGAAACGGGUGAGGCGAUCGCCACGUCGUCUGAAAUGAAUCUGCUCAGCCAAGGGGUGCUGCGUCACGGAAGUAUCUCAUUUGAGGCCUCAAUUUGUGUCCCGAAUUGUAUGCUGAGACUCUCUAGGUCAGGAAGUCGCCGGGCGGCUGGCAAAAAUUCGGUCAAGGACGCAAUGUCGCUAGGUCUAGACUGCAUGGACCUAGCAUAUAUAUGGUUGAGUGCCAGCCCCGUCGUAGACGGUCAGCCUCCGAAUGUUAAAGCUGGGCGAAUCGAGUAUCGAUACCUGGUGUGCUCUUGCUCUCGCUCCAUUGCUAUCGUCAAGCUCUCGACCCUCAAGACCGACGAAUCCACCGCCAUGGCGCCCGCUCUUGGUACCAAUUCGACGGCCUCGUCUUUCAAUGCUACUGCUGCAUCUCAAUCUGCUGCCGCUCAUCUGUCGCCUCUUACUGCUCUCGUGCUCACAGUCAUGCUUGCUGUCCUAGCCACCAUCGUUUGUAGCGUCGCUCUCGUCCGGGUCCUCAUACAAUGUCUCGCACUCAAGAAACAACUCGCGAAGAGGAAGAAGAAGCAGCAAGCGAUUCGCCCUUUUGUCUUGCGUUCUGGGUCGAGCAAGGUUGAACUCGUCGCGGGCUCGCAGGGCCCGAAGCCGCUCCUGCUUCCGACUAUGAACACUGUCAGGUCUUCUCGCGGUAAAGCGUCCCUCGCUAGCAGGUUCCUUCCGAAGUGGGGCGCCACCAAUGUCGAGCGGAUCAGCAAGGCCGACGUCGAACACGCGCCGAGCCCCACUCUCGUCGGCUCGGACUUCGAGGACAAGCCCAAGGACCUCCUCAGCCCCGAGUGGACUCCCAGGCUGCUGUACUGCAGCUUCCCUAUUGCGCGGGACGUUCAUCCCUCGGCCACUAUCGUCUCGCUUCCUGCUCCAGUUGCAACUGCGGAAUCAAAGCCUUUGGUAGCGAUGUUCUCCGAGGACCUCUCGGCGCCCACGCUCGAAAGCAUCCCCGAAGCCGGGCUCACCGUCGACAUCGUCGAGGUCUCCCCGUCCGUCUCCGGCUCGGCCUUCGCUUCGCUCCUUGUCGCGGCUGACGUGAACGCGCCCGGCGACCCCGCGGCGGUCCCGACUAUCGUCGUCCACGACUGCAGCCGACCUGGUUCUGCUGCCAUGCACUUCGACGAGGCUGACGACCGUCUGAGCCUCCGCGUACCGUCGUUCAGCUGGCUCCCGUAUCUAGACGACGAGGAGCCUGAGGAGGCUACUGCUCACGAGGGUUCCUGAGCUAUAGUGGUUGCGUGUGAUCAGUCUGUACAUAGUUUCGGCUCGUCUCUAUUCGGUGGUUAGGCUGUCGUAAAAACGUCCUCGUUGUGUUAGACGGAGAAGGCACGCUGGUAUCCCAUGGUCCGCAAAGAAGGGUGACAGAUACAACAAGAUGACGUACAGAUACGAAUUACAUAGGCACAAGUAUCGUGAGGAAG